AUGUCUGCCGCGACGUCUCCAAAUGCUGUGCCAAAUCCCCUCCAACCGGAUGUUGCUGCCCUCAAGGCAACCCACCGGGGCUCUGCAGAAGACGGCAGGAAGUUGAUCAAUCUGAUAUUAUGUUGCGUCGAUCAGUUGGGCUGCUCUACCUCACAUACGGCAGAGAAUAUUUCCAUUCUCACCCCCACCGGUGCACGUAUCAACUCAUACCAUAAGAACUGCAUGAUUGAACGGCUCGCGUAUAUGUACGCCUUAAGCGACUGUAACUCUGGUGACGCAAAGCAGCCAACGGCAUCACUCCCAAGGCCUAACCUUACGAUUAGCCACGUCACCAUGAGGGUUCACCUCAAGCAGAAACGUGCAUGA